GCCGGAUCCCGGCUGGCGCCCGGGCGGUUCCUACGCUGAGCCGCCGCCUGGCCGGCUGGUUCCUGCGGCGGCUGCCGGGGCGGCCCGGUCGCGCGGCCCUUCGCCAUGUACACCUUCGUGGUGCGCGACGAGAACAGCAGCGUCUACGCCGAGGUCUCCCGGCUGCUGCUCGCCACCGGCCACUGGAAGAGGCUGCGGCGGGACAACCCCAGGUUCAACCUGAUGCUGGGAGAAAGGAACCGGCUGCCCUUUGGGAGACUGGGUCACGAGCCUGGCCUGAUGCAGUUGGUGAAUUACUACAGGGGAGCCGACAAACUGUGUCGCAAAGCUUCUUUAGUGAAGCUCGUCAAGACCAGCCCAGAACUGGCUGAGUCCUGCGCGUGGUUCCCCGAGUCCUAUGUGAUUUAUCCAAAUAACCUCAAGACCCCAGUUGCUCCAGCUCAGAAUGGAAUCCACCCGCCAAUCCAGAGCUCAAGGACAGAUGAGAGAGAAUUUUUCCUGGCUUCUUAUAAUAGAAAGAAAGAAGAUGGAGAGGGCAACGUUUGGAUUGCAAAGUCAUCAGCCGGAGCCAAAGGUGAAGGCAUCCUCAUCUCCUCGGACGCUGCGGAGCUGCUGGAUUUCAUAGACAACCAGGGCCAGGUGCACGUGAUCCAGAAAUACCUUGAGCGCCCGCUGCUUCUGGAGCCAGGUCAUCGCAAGUUUGACAUCCGAAGCUGGGUCUUGGUGGAUCAUCAAUAUAAUAUCUACCUCUAUAGAGAGGGUGUACUUCGGACUGCUUCAGAACCGUAUCAUGUGGAUAAUCUCCAAGAUAAGACUUGCCAUUUGACUAAUCACUGCAUUCAAAAGGAGUACUCAAAGAACUAUGGGAAGUAUGAAGAAGGGAACGAAAUGUUCUUUGAGGAGUUCAAUCGGUACCUAACAAGUGCUUUGAACAUCACCCUGGAAAGUAGUAUCUUACUACAAAUCAAACAUAUAAUAAGGAGCUGCCUCAUGAGCGUGGAGCCCGCCAUCAGCACCCGACACCUCCCUUACCAGAGCUUCCAGCUCUUCGGCUUCGACUUCAUGGUGGAUGAGGAGAUGAAGGUCUGGCUCAUUGAAGUCAACGGCGCCCCUGCUUGUGCUCAGAAGCUCUAUGCGGAGCUGUGCCAGGGCAUUGUGGACAUAGCCAUCGCCAGCCUCUUCCCGCCCCCCGGCUCGGGGCAGCAGCCGUCCCAGCCGGCCGCCUUCAUCAAGCUGUGACCGAGGGAGGUGCUCGAAGCUGCCUCGUAAGAAGCACGAGGGGGCGCUGCCCCGGGGGGAGGAGGAGUGGCCGAGUUGCCAAACAGGAGGAAGAGAGACGACCCGCAGAGACGCGCUGGAAGAAGAAAAGGCAGCUUCCCCGAGGAGUGGUCGCGCGCCCGGGGCUUCCCAGGUGGAGCUCUUGGCACUGCUACUGAGAUUGGAAAACUGCAGCAAAUUUCGCCAAUGGGAGAGCAGAAUAUUCUUCUGAGGGGCAAAAACAGGGAUGUGCUUAUUUUACGUUCUCAUCCUUUGAAAAAUCUGAUUUUUAUCCUAAGGUAGUGCUGUGAGCAGCGCCUCUCCUGCCCGGGGUGGCAGCCGUUGGAUCUGGUUGGUGUCUGUCCACCUGCUGC